AUGUCUGAAAAUGUGCAGGUCGCGGUGCGGGUUCGCCCCUACAACGAGCGCGAGAAGUCCAUGGAGAGCACGUCGUGCAUACGUAUGGUGAAGGAAACUCAGCAGACGAUCAUCACAGACCCAGAGACAAACGUGGAGAAGGUUUUUACGUUCGAUUACAGCUACAAUAGCUUUGUUCCAGCAUCUGAACCUGACCAUGCGUCACAACAAACUGUAUGGGAAGAUAUUGGUAUCAAGGUGCUUGAGCACGCGUGGAAUGGAUUCAACGUUAGCUUGUUUGCCUAUGGUCAAACAGGUGCAGGAAAAUCUUUCUCCAUGGUUGGAUACGGUACCGACAAAGGAAUCAUUCCCAAGGCCUCGGAGGUGAUUUUCGAGCGAAUCGAGGCAAAUACAACAGAAGUCACGUUCAAAGUUGAAGCCAGCAUGAUGGAGAUUUACAACGAGCGCGUCAAAGACCUGUUUAAUCCAUCGUCAGAUAAUUUAAAGGUCCGUGAUCACCCGAGUCAAGGCCCGUAUGCCGAGGGUCUCACUCGUAGCGCAGUAUCAUCAUACCUCGAAAUUGACAGGGUGAGCUGCGUGGCCAUCUCUUGGGUUCCUUUCUCCAAAAUCAAUUGA